AGAAAUCAGCUCCUCUCUGCCAACAACUGAUGCCAUGAAAACAAAAACGAGCUGAGCUUCCUGCCAGAAAUCACUGAAAACGACUCACUAUCAUGUUUCAGUUAAAAUAAUAAAGAACCAAAUCUUAAUUUUUAGCAUCAGCCAGAACGAACCGGAGACAUCUGGACCGCAUCCAGCCGAGGGAACGUGUGAAUUUAGGUUUGCGUCCUCAUGGCAGCUUCCUUACCUCAGAAGCCGGGGAUGGCCGGGAUGCCGCCCCAGCAGCAGCCUCACCUGCCCCCAGGUGCCCCCUCGGCCCCGGGGCAGCAGCCGGUCCCUCCUCAGGGAGCCCUGAGAGAAAUCUCCCCGGUGUUCCUCUGCAGGAUCGGACAGGAGACGGUGCAGGACAUCGUCACCAGAACCAUGGAGAUCUUCCAGUUCACACGAGCCACGCAGCUUCCUAACGGGGUGACCCAGAGCCAGGCCAUGUACCAGGACCGCUUCGGGAAGCUGCAGGAACACCUCCGGCAGCUCGCCCUGCUCUUCAGGAAGCUCCGGCUGCUGUAUGAGCGCUGCGUGGAGAUGACGUCCGACCUGCAGGAGGGUCCCACGGAGUUGGUCCCCUACGUUGGAGAGGAGCUGCUUUCUGUCCGAGUGGAGCCCUGCAGUCCUGCUGUCAACCAGGAGAGAAAGGAGGUUCUGGAGAGCAGUGACGGUGAGAGUCCAGUAGGUGGCAGCGGCGCUUCACUCUGCAUGGUUUCAGGAUGAGGGUUUUUUUUCCUAACAGUAGAGCCGUUGCUCUGUUUUUGUUGUUUCUUGUCUCAGUUUUUUGUCAUUUUCAGUUUGUUUUUUUGUUGUGUGUCAUUGUUUUGUAAACUCCAAUCAUUUAGUUUUUUGUCUAUUUUUUUAUUUCAAUCUCUUUUUGUUUUUGUCAAAAUAUUUGUCAUUUUCAAUCUUUUUGGGGUUUUUUGUCCUAAUUUGUGUCAUUUUCAGUGUUUUUAGGGUUUUAUUUGUCUAAUUCUUUUUAAAAUUUCAAUCUCUUUUUGUAUUUUUUUGUCACAUUUUUUUGUCAUUUUCAAUUUCUUUUUGUUGUUUUUUGUCCCAAAUUUGUAAUUUUCAAUUUUUUUAUAAUUAUUUUUUUUUGGGUCAAAUUUUUGUCUUUUUCAAUCUAUUUUUGUUGGUUUUUUUUGUCAAAGUUUUUAAAAAUUUCAGUCUCUUUUUGUAGUUUUUUGGUCACAUUUUUUUGUCAUUUUCAAUUUCUUUUUGUUUUUUGUCCUAAUCUUUGUAAUUUUCAGUCUUUUUGUUCCCUCUAAUUCUUAAAAAAAAUCAAUUUGUUUUUGUUGUUUUUUUGUCAAUCUUUUGUCAUUUUCAAUCUUUUCUAGUUUUUUGUCUAUUUUUUGUCAUUUUCAAUCUAUUUUUUGGUUUUUUUUUUCUAAUUUUUUUGUCAUUUUCAAUUUCCUUUAUUUUUUUUAAAAAUUUUUGCUCAUUUUCAGUCUCUUUCUGUUUUUUUUUUUGGUCUAAUUUUUAAAAAAUUUGAGUGUUUUUGUUGUUUUUUGUCAGUAGUCACUUUUGUAGAGGUCAGAUUUAAAAUAUUAAUCCCUGGUUUUAUUCUAUCUUCCACAGAGCAGUGACAGUGAGAGUCCAGUAGGUGGCAGCGCCGCUUCACUCUGCAUGGUUCCAGGAUGAGGGUUUUUGUUAACAGAAGCGUUGAUGUUUCAGUUUCCUGUGGGGGGAAACGUAGCUGGAGGCCGCUGAGGUUUAACAGAGCCUGACAUGAAUGUUCCUCGUUGUCAGGACUGGAGAUGCUGAGGUCUGUAGAGUUGUACUGAUGGUGGUUCUGUGUUGUGUUG